UGCUAUCCCUGCUGGGCAGGGGUCACUCCUGCCUCCUCCCCUGCACACAGGCAAACAGGUGCUCUACUCACUGGGAACGUGCAGCCUUCCUCAGAGCGCCACUGGUUUCACCAGACUGGGCCAUGGGGUGGGGAAGGGUUAGGAGCCAGGCUGAAUAAACCCAUGGUUUAUGUACUGCUGUACUGCUCACGCUGCUCUUGCCCCUGAUUCAAAAGGGAGAAUGGUCAAAGGCACUGCUGCUGUGCUUUGAGAGAAAAUAACCUCUUGAACUUCUGGAGUGUCUUAACAACUUGGGUCAAAUAUUUAUCUUUAGUGACCCCAGUCCGGAGCCUGGGACCUCCCAGGCACUUUUCUUGCUCUGGUUCAGUGUAUGUUUGAGCUCCCUGCUUGUACUGUGUUGCAUUCAGCAAAAGGCUUGAAAUAGUUCCUGGAGCUGUGCAUAGUAUACCUGGCAGAGCAGUGAUUCCACCUGCAUCAUUAAUGUGGCUCAUGGGGUAAAUGUUUCAUGUGGGGAAUAGGGAGAGAAGUGCUGGCAGCCCUAAUCCCCUCAUUCUGGGUUAGGUCAGGAACCAGAAAGCAAGGCCUCCUGCCCUGGGUUUGUGAGAGGCAGUUUUUUUUUUCCUGGAGGCAGGAGAGGAGUGAGAGGAGACUGAAGUCAAUAGGUAAAAUCUGAGACAUUUAACUUUGUCUUACAGAGAGAUCAGACAGUUGCUCCUUGCUUAGGAGAGAUCAAGAGAGCCCUAGUGGGACCCUAUCAGAUCCUCUUUGCUGCCAUUUUGCAGCAGAUUGAUGAAGCUAAUUUAAUCUUUACCCCACAUUACAUUACAAACAUUGCAAGCAGGUUUCUCAUUUUCUGUCUGAAAGUACAUUUCUUGUAGUGAUGGAGGUGGUGCUGCUGUUUAUAACUCUGAGCUAACUGCUUGGCUCUGAGGUCAGAUCCUGCUGACAGCACUGUCGGCUGCUGAGUGCCAUGGGGCUGGGUAACUGCCCCGUGGGUGUAGGUGUUGGACUGCCAGGGAGUGGUGGCUGGGGAGUGGGUGUCUUCACAAGGCACAGAGAGCCUCAGUGCCUGCCUGAUAAGGUGCUUGAAACAACACAGGGAAGAGUUUUGUCUUUCUGGAGGGAGCAGAGAAAGAAGGGCAGCUGCAGAUGAACAGCCAGUACUAGCAGGAAGGAGGAGAGAAAAUCCUGUAACAGGAGCUGAGGGUCUAAGUGGUCAGUCAGGGAACAAUUUACUAGAACAGACUGUUGCUUCCAUUGAGUGAUUUUAGUGUUACUCCAUUGAUUUGACUUGUAACCAGUAUGUACACAAAAUAUUUUCACCAAGGGAUGGUGGGGAUUAUAGAAAGGGAAGGUGCUGCAGAAAGGCCUACUAACAUGCAUUUGCAUAAGUUUUUCCAUUGUAAAUGUUUAUGCAGCCGGCUUUGAAAGCCUUUUGUGACUUGAGAGACAUGGGAUCAGGAAACAGAAACAAUAUAAUGACCAUGAUUUUCUGUACCGGGAGCCAAAGGUUACAUUCUUAAAUCCAUUCUGAGGUAGCUAAUAUGAAUGGCUUGAUUAAAGAAUUGGGGAGCACCCAGCCUUGCCAGCCAAGAGCGGCUGGAUCAGAGGUGCAAAGGGCUGGCAUUAAUUACAGCCUGGGAAACAUCACACAGACUGCUGUCAAACGAUCUGACAUAAGCUUUCAGCUUAUGCUGGCUUGCAGUUAGUUUGUGGAGAGGUGGUGAAUAAAUCUUUCCCUCUGAAUGUCAUCUCCACAAAAUGGGCACCUUUGCUGAAGCUGAAAACUUCCUCACAGACGUAUCAGUUUCAGCUGUGCUAUUGACUGGGAGGUGUUUGAAGUUUGAGCUCUUCAGUUGCUUCGUUUAAAAAAUAGAGAGGCUGGAGACAAAGAAUGGGAGAGUGGGGAAUUGAAAGGCUGACUGCAAAUUGUUUCCACAAAAGAGAAUUCUGUUGCAAAGGAGCGGGUGUCAACUCUGUAUACAUAAGGAAAACGAAAAACAUGAAAUUUGCUCUGAAAAAGAAAUGUCAUAUUCUACAUAGCUCUAAUAUUUACUGGGCAGAUCAAUCAAGAUCCAGCAAAAGCAUUUAUUAUUAUAAUAUUAUAGAAUGAAAUAAUGAUUUCAUUGAAGAGCUGCUUUAGAAAAACAGGGUUUGUAUAAAUAUAGACAAGUAGAGGAGGUGUAUUUGGAGAGCCUUUUAAGAGUGCCUUGCCUCCCUUUCUGAAACUUUGAACAGCAGCAGUUAGAGAGUGAAAGGCUGGGGAGUGCUCCUCCCCCUGUACAGCUGUCCCCUGUUCUGGUCACACUGCCCCAUAAAAGGCAAGAAACAAAGCCCUUUUCCUCCUCCUUUCUCUGUGCCUAAAUCAUUUGAUCUGUCAGUCUAUUGACAAGAAAUGGGGUCUUUUACUCGCCUGGAGGGGAAUGCCUGAAUCCUGAAAUCCAAAAGACCCUGCUUAGUGUUCCCUGCACCUAAACUGGUAUCAUUCCUCCAGGAGAUCUUCUGUUGGCAGUUCCUCCCUGAAUGGCUGCAGGACUAACAACACUUCUAGAGGUAAAACUCAAGGACCAGCUGCAGCUUUGGGACCCCUCUAAGAGGACCCUGCCUGCGAGAUGUCCUUUCCAAUGCCGUGCCUCUCUCACGGUGCACUUGGCACAUGGCAUCAGGCCUAGCACAGCAGCCCUGUUCAGUGCUCCAGAAACUCCCAAUAUGCACAUUAUCACCUGGGCAUAAAAACAUACAGUAGGAGAGGAGUGAGGAAAUGCCUGCCUUGUCACGCUGUUACCACCUCUGGUUGGUUGAGAGGACAGGGAGAUAAGUACUUGGAGGCUGAUGUUUUAUUUACCCUCCACAUGGACAGCCUGAACAAUGGCUGAACAAUUCUGAACUCAACCCAGUUUUUAAGGUGGACUAAGAAUGUGGUGGCAACUGGGACCACAUAACUUGACAGUCAGGAUGCCGAGGACAGGAAGACUAAGAGUAAAAAUGGAGUAAGAAUCCUGGUCUUCUCCAUCCACAUGCACUAAAUUAGGGGACUGGCAAGGAGGAUUCCUCCUUUGAUCCUAGGAGUGUUUCUCCCUUCUCCUGUCUCACCCAACUACCUUUCUUUCAUUGUUCUUAUGCUGAUCUUACUGGUCCUCAGCCUAAACCUUUUUACAAGCAUUAUGAGAGCAGCCUUGAACUGUCUGUGUGAUGGGCCACUUUCUGUGAAGGCCACAUGAGAGUCCUCCUGUUGAGCAGAAGCCAUUGGGCUACUUCAUUUAUCAGUUUCAUAAUCUCCACACACACAAAUUGUCUCUGCUGCAUGAAUAAUUCUGCUUAGCUCUAUUUGAAUAUCAGCAGGAGUAAAUGGUGUAAGAGAGCUGCAUUGACACAUAAAAACAAACCCGUGCCCUUCCUUGGCUCAUAUCCUCACCUGGCACUGAUUGCCCUGUAUUGGUGGAAUUAGCAGUGCUGUAGCUAUCCUACAGUAGAGGAUCAUGUCUGUGACUUCCAGCUCUGUACCAGAUGUAUGAAUAAAUAGAUGCCUGUGAAAUGAGCUCUAAAAACAGCUUGAAUUCUUCUAUGUCCUUUGCAUUAAUGCUAUCAAAACACACAUGUUCAUGUGGAUACAUGUCCUCCAGACAUCUUAGAAAAACUCAGCUAUGAUCUAGGAGGAAUUUAUUUUCAUUUCCAAUGUGUCUUUGUGACUCCUUGUAUAAGGCUGCCUGAAAUCCUGGCAAUCUCCUCUCUCCUGCAUGGAAUGAUUCUGAAAGGCGUAUGAUGAAUAGAUUCACAUCACAACUCUAGGAGAGAUUAGGAUGUUUAUUGAUUUGCCUCAUCUCCCCAGCUGGGGGGAUGACCUCAGUCCACAUUUUGUGACAACCAAGGAAGAUCUGAGUGUGGAUUCUGUUCUUUCUUUUGAGAAGGAAGGGGUUGAAUCUGCACCUUUUGGUGGCUCAAAGCGAUAUUGUAUCUUUUAAGUUCUUUGCAGAUAACUUAGAAGAUUUGAUCAAUCUUUUGUUGUGAAAAAGGUAAAAAUAUAUUGUCUAGUCAAUACUUUUUGGGUGAACCACACAAAGCUCAGCAGCUGCUGAGGGAGGUUAAGCUUACAGUGCUGUUCAGGCUUCUCUUGGGCUCCUAUGCAUUGAUGUGACCCUCCACUGAACACAAGACUCCUUCAUCCCCCCUUAAAUAAGAAUCUAAUUGAAUUUAACUGGGACAAAGUAUUUGUUGUGGGUGCCCUACAGAUGCACAUGUACAGUGUGCAUCCACACCAGGAUGGUGAGAUGGGUUUUCAUUUAAACUGUUUAAGAUUUGUGGAUAGAAAUGUGCCUGGCAAUCAGAUGUUGUACUGUGAUUUAGCUGAAAUACAUUAUUUGCUUUUUCCAAUACAAAUCAAUGCUCUAGCCCUUCAGUUUACUCAUUUAUUGCUGGUUUUGGCCCUUUGUUUUUCGAAUUUCUGCUUUUUCAUUUCUUCCUGAGACGCCUGCUCUAUUGACAGCUAGAGCCACUUGGUGCUUUCUCUCUUUCCGGCCAGAAGAAGAGUGGAAAGACGCCCUCUGAGCUAAUGCUGAUAUCACUUUCUGCAGUGACAUCUGCAAGCAGAUGUUCCUGUUUCAGUGACCAGGAACAGCUCAGGUACCGGAACUGCGUUUAUACAUACCGAAUUCUGCCUGACAAAGAAAAUAAACUAAUUGUCCAGGCAUCAGAAGGUGUUCCUGUGAAGUAUUUUCAGAACCUGGAGGAACUGAUAGAGUAUUACAAGAAGGAGAACAUGGGCCUGGUAUGGCACCUCAAAUAUCCAGUGCCGCGGGAAGAGGAGGAGGCUGCUGAUGAACUGGAGGAGGACACUGACCUGGUACCCACACCUCCUGUCCUGCCCCCACGCAACAUCCUGAUGGCACUGCCGAGCAGUGAGACAAAGGAGGCCUCUUCUCUCCCCGAAAACCCACGGGUGGCAGACGUGAAUAAACUGUCCCUUUCUGAGACACUACUCCAGCGACUGCAGUACCAGGACACCAGCAGUGUCUCUGACGAGCAUCUGAAACUCAUCCAGGAUUACCUGCGAGUUCACAUCAUCAGUGACUUUGAGAUGGUGCAGACUGGCUCAAGCAAUCUUCCUCAGCUGAAGAAAUUACUUACAGCUCUUUGCAAAGGACUCUUCAGUGAGGCCUCGAGGACUCUCCCAUCUCUGGAGUCCAUCCAGAAGGUGUUUGAGCAGCAGCUGCAUCCUGGUGCCCACCAGCGCUCCCAGAUGCUUGGUGAAGCAAGUCCAGUCAAUAUUGUAUUGAAACUCAACCAGCUGAUUUCUUUGCUGUCAUCUAUUGAAGAAAAGGUGAAAACACUGUUGAUUGAAGGUCCUGAUUCAACACACCGUCGCUCCCUUAUCCCCCCUGUCACUUUUGAGGUGAAAACUGACUCCCUAGGAAUUUUCUCAAAAAUGCAACUCAAAGUGGAUGUGGAAAUGGGAAAACUGAUUAUCAAGAGAUCUAAGGAUGGUCCAGAAGACAAAUUUUAUACCCACAAGAAAAUCUUGCAGCUCAUCAAGUCCCAGAAGGUUCCAAACAAGCUGGUUAUUGUUGUGGAAACAGAAAAAGAAAAAACACAGCGGAAGGAAUAUAUUUUUUCUGAUUCCAAGAAGAGAGAAGGGUUCUGCCAGCUUUUGCAGCAGAUGAAGAAUAAGCACUCGGAACAACCAGAGCCUGAUAUGAUCACCAUUUUCAUUGGCACCUGGAAUAUGGGCGCAGCCCCAGCCCCAAAGAAGAUCACCUCCUGGUUCCUCUCCAAGGGGCAGGGGAGGACCCGUGAUGACACUGCUGACUACAUCCCUCAUGACAUCUAUGUGAUUGGCACCCAGGAGGAUCCCCAGGGGGAGAAGGAAUGGCUGGAGACCCUAAGGCAGUCUCUGCAGGAAAUCACCAGUAUCAGCUUCAAAGUGAUAGCCAUCCAUACCCUCUGGAACAUCAGGAUCGUUGUCCUGGCCAAGCCAGAGCACGAGAACCGCAUCAGCCACAUCUGCACAGCCAACGUGAAGACGGGCAUCGCAAACACGCUGGGUAAUAAAGGAGCAGUGGGGGUGUCAUUCAUGUUUAAUGGAACUUCCUUUGGGUUUGUUAACAGCCAUUUGACUUCAGGAAGUGAAAAGAAACACAGACGCAACCAGAACUACACGAACAUCCUGCGCUUCCUGACCCUGGGAGAUAAGAAACUGAGUCCAUUUAACAUCACUCAUCGCUUUACUCAUCUGUUCUGGCUGGGAGACCUGAACUACCGUGUGGAACAGCCCCCGACGGAAGCAGAGAAUAUUAUCCAGAAGAUCAGGCAGCAGCAGUAUCCGGAGCUGCUGGCUUUCGACCAGCUUCUCCUCGAGAGAAGAGACCAAAAGGUGUUCCUGCAGUUCGAGGAAGAGGAGAUUACUUUUGCUCCAACCUACCGCUUUGAGAGAGGCACCCGGGAGAAGUAUGUUUACACCAAGCAAAAAGCUACAGGGAUGAAGUACAACUUGCCAUCCUGGUGUGAUCGAGUGCUCUGGAAAUCCUACCCCAUGGUGCACGUUGUGUGUCAGUCCUAUGGCUGCACCACUGACAUCAUGACAAGUGACCACAGUCCUGUGUUUGCCACCUUUGAAGUGGGAGUCACCUCACAGUUUGUUUCCAAGAACGACUCCAAAUACACAGAUUCCCAAGGGGAGAUAGAGUUCCUGCACUGCUAUGCUACUCUGAAGACCAAGUCCCAGACCAAGUUCUACAUUGAGUUUCAUUCUAGCUGCUUAGAAAGCUUUGUAAAGAGCCAGGAAGGAGAAAAUGAGGAUGGAAAUGAAGGGGAGCUUGUGGUAAAGUUCGUCGAGGCACUUCCAAAGCUGACUCCAAUUAUUUCAGAUCCAGAAUACCUACUGGAUCAACAUAUCCUGAUCAGCAUUAAGUCGUCAGAUAGUGAUGAAUCUUAUGGGGAAGGCUGCAUUGCCUUGCGAAUAGAAGCAACAGAAUCCUUAGCUCCUAUCCAUACUGUACUCACACACCAUGGAGAGAAAACGGGGGUCUUCCAAGGUGAAAUCAAGUUACAAACGUCACAAGGAAAACAGAGAGAGAAACUGUAUGAUUUUGUCAAGAUUGAACGUGAUGAAAUCACUGGUCAGAAACCAAAGAACAUCAGCAAUUUAGAGCUGAACAAAGACUGGGAUCCAGCUAACAGAAAGUCAAAAUCUACUCAUCUGAUGGCCAGAGAGGCAGCAGCCAUCGCUCGCUACUGGGGGAGUGCAGUCACUUCUCCAGACAGCCUGGGAAAGGAGGAUAUUUUACGGUCCACCCCCACAGACAUCAGCAACCCCAACUACCUGGGCAUGGCUCCCUUCUCUCAGCAGCCCUCUGCAACCUGCCAGCUUAAGCAGAUAUCUUCAUCAGAGCAGGCACCUUCCCACUGGAACUAUGAGCAGCAGUCCAAAGAGAACACCUCCCUAAUGGGGCAGAGUCACUCAUCCUCCACAUCACCCUCCUUGUCACCGCUAUCUCCAAAACCAUCCCUCCAGCCUACAGCAAGCAGAAGCAUUUCUAAUUGGAGUCAAGAGUACCAGCCGCCUGACAUGGGGAAAUCCACAGCAGAGCCUGUGCUGCCGGAGGAGGGGCAGCAAAGGCCAGAGAUGUUUGAGAACCCAUUGUAUGGCUCCAUGGGCUCCAAGGGCAAGGUGGCCCCCAAGAAAGAGCAGGAAUAUCCCAAGGCCUUGCGGAAAGAGCAGCCGCCACUGCCUGAGCAGAUCUGUCAUCUCACAAAGCCACAGGAGCCUGAGUGCAGCAAGACCUCUGGCAAACAGCCAUCCCCACCUUUCCUGGUGCCCACACAGCGAUUCCGGUCCUACACUUCAUCCUGCCAGUUGGAAGAAAAGAAUACGGGGGAAAAGAGUCAAGGCAAACCAAAGAUGACAACACCAUUGGAAAACUCGGCACCGCUCAAAAAACUCGUGAAGCCAUCAAGGCCUGAAGUCAGCAUCCAGGGACAGCAGAACAAGCCACCCCUUCCCUCCAAGAGCCGGGCAGUGCUGGACAUGCAGAACUCCAAGGGCCGCGAUUACCGGGACAGUUCAGAGCUGCCGCACUCCGGGAAGCACCGGCUGGAGGAGGGCCCGGUCGGCAGGACAACGACACCGUGAACAUGACACAGCAGCUGGUGGUACUCUAGGAGGAAUCCUGAUGGGAAGAACAAUGGAGUCUACUGCUUUGUUCACACUGAUGGCCUCUAGUCUGGUUCUAAAAAAGACUGAGGAAUUUUAUUUUUGAGGGUGCAGCCCUCCCUGUGAUUAUGAAAAUGUUCUAGCUGAGAAGCUUAUCCUAUGUUGCUCAGACCAAGAGGGGCCAGGACCACAAUACCAAAUGCAAGUUAUUCUUUUGAGUGUCACUUUGGUACUUCCAUGUAAAGGUGGGUGGCCAAGUUCAUGCAUUAGUAAAUGUUUUGGAAAAGAGGACAGUACGGUACAAGGACUAGGAGAUGAAAAGGGUGCAUUGAAAAAAAACCCUUCCUACAAAAGCAAGGUUUCUAUUUUGUGUUACAGGAUUCCUAUUACAGAGUGAUAUGUAAAAGAAAGCAUCUUAAAAGCGGUACAGCUCCAAAGCAUGUCCUAUCCAUGCAGCAAGGAGGUCAUGGAGGGUGGGGAAAGAGUCUGAAUAGCAGAUAGUGGUGCAGGUCACACACCCUCAGUGGAGCCAGCCUUGCCUGGAGCUCGGGGCUGCAUCCCUGCACCACCCAGGGGACACAGCAAGUGAGGGCCAGCCCAUGGCACUGCACCUCCUUUUCCUUCAAGCAGGCCCUGCUUUGAUAGCCCAGCAAACAGAGGGAAACACCAGAACCACAGGCAGAAACAGGGGAAGGAGAAGGGCCCAUGGGAGCCCAGGAGUAAAACUGCCUGCAGGGGCAGAUAGCAGCACCCCAGCCUGCCUGGCAGCAAGCACUCUGCUUUGGAGGACACUGGCCAGCUGGUUUUGGAGCAUUCUUAAUAGACUAAUGCUGACCUUACUGUACACUUUUGUUCACUGAGAAUGAAUAAUGUUAACAUACUUUUAAUUUCUGUUAUAUUCGUGUUAAGUAUUAAUGCUAUGGUUACUAUUAGAUUAAGCCUGUUGUGACUUAAUCACUGUUAUUGUUUCCAUGUUGAUUACCUUAAAAAUAAUAAAAUAGUCACCUUUCUGGUCA